GCAUUGACCUCAGCGGAGAUGGCCACAGCCUCGUGACAUAUUCGCAGCUGUCUAACUGGGGACAGUGCUCAACGUGGGACAAUUUCACCGCUUCGCCCUUCAUGGCUGGGAAUCAAGAAAUCAAAUUCGACAACCCGUGCGACUAUUUCCAGACUGGAAAAAUCAAAGCCAUGACUCUGUCACUCUCUGUUCUUGUUGCCAUCGAGAUGUUCAAUUCACUGAAUGCACUGUCCGAAGAUGGAAGCCUUUUGACCAUGCCUCCAUGGGUCAACCCAUGGCUGCUUCUGGCAAUGUCGAUCUCGUUUGGGCUGCAUUUCUUGAUCCUGUAUGUGCCUUUUCUUGCUCAAAUAUUCGGCAUUGUGCCUCUCAGCCUGAACGAGUGGCUGUUGGUAUUGGCCGUGGCUUUGCCCGUGAUUGUGAUCGAUGAGGUUCUCAAGUUUGUGGGUAGGUGUACGAGUGGCAUUCGUUAUUCGAGUUCGAAAAGAUAUUCGAAACAAAAAGCAGAGUGA